AUGGGUGCUGCUCUCAGCAAGAAGAGUUUCUGGGAUGGAAGCCUUCAGCGAGCUCACGGCAAACCCUGUAACUCUUUUUCGGAAGCUCAUAUUGAACUGAUUGUAGCCCUUUAUAUUGCAGCCGGACGGUCCCAAUAUUUGCAGCUACACCACGCACCAGAACAAAAGCCUCCACAGAAGUUGCGGUCUGCCUUCGACAUCGAUGGCUUCACGACACUCCUGACCGCGCGUGUGGCCGGAGCACCCCUUGCUGUUUCCCACUUGUUAUUCUUUUGGCACGGCAAUAUUUGA